AUGAAGACCCGACCUGCGGGGAUCGGCGAUGUCAAUGCCGACUGGAUGGGUUCGCUCCCCUCCAUGCUCAGUGCCAUGCCGCUCAAACACCUCGCCGUGCCAGGGUCUCACGAUUCGUUCACCUACUGGGUAGAUGUGCACGCUCCUGUGGGACCCGACCAGAAGGCAUACGUGAAGUACCUCGCCACCAUGUUCAGCGUCUUGGCCAAGAAAGUCAUGGUGAAGUGGUCCAUGACCCAGAACCUGACAUUUAAAGAGCAGCUGGAGGCAGGAAUUCGCUACUUUGAUCUCCGGGUCUCCUCCAAACCAGGAGAGCAGGGAAAUGAGAUAUACUUCAUCCAUGGCCUGUUUGGACACAAGGUGUGCGAUGGCUUGUUAGAAGUCAACUCCUUCUUAAACCGACACAGGAAAGAGGUAGUGUUUCUUGACUUCAACCACUACUAUGCAAUGGGAGCAGAGCAUCAUGUGUACCUCAUCAACAUGCUCAAGGAAGUGUUUGGCAGCAAGCUGUGUAACAUCUGUGCAGUGGAGAGCAUCACUCUGGACUACCUCUGGCAGAACAAAUACCAGGUGAUUGUGUUCUACCAUCAUCCAUCUGCUCAGGGCAUUCCUGUCAUGUGGCCGGGAAACAAGAUCCCCGCUCCCUGGGCGAACACCACCCAACCCAACAAGCUCACACAGUUCCUGGAAACUACGCUGAGGGAAAGGGCCAAGCAGGGCUCCUUCCACGUGUCUCAGGCCAUCCUCACACCCAAGGUUAACACCGUGGCCAAGGGCCUGGUCUGGGGGCUGCGCAGCUACCUGGUGGAAAGAAACCUGCCAACCAUCAUGUCCUGGGUUGAGGCUCAGAGGCCGGGGGUGGAGGGGGUCAACAUCAUCACCUCUGACUUUGUGGAGCUCACCGACUUUGCCAACAUUGUCAUCAAACUCAACAACCUGCUGUUGUCUGAACAGGACCCUAAACGGAGAUGA